AUGACAUCAUCAGGAAAUAACUCGGAUACACCAGCAUUCAUUACCGGAAACAAAGAUUACAAUGGAACAACAGUACAAAAAUGUAAUAAACGACUUAACAUAAACAUCGAAUAUGGAUGUACAGACAAACCAGACAUGGCAAUGGCAAUAUAUAUGUAUCAUAAUAUUGUCAAAAAAGGAGAUCUGAAUAAACAUGAAUUCGCGACACAUUGUUGUGAAUAUCUAAUGAAUAAUGAACAACAACAAAAUCAAUUAAUUACUGACAUAACAAAAGAAUGGAAAAAAGUUGACAUUAUCACAAAACAGUACCAACAAGAAAAAACAAUGAAAUGUGACCAAUGCCAACUAACACUACCAAAAUCAGCACUAAACGAACUAACAUCAAUAGCAGGACAUUACUGCCAAGUACCCGAUUGCAGAGAACCAACCACAGGCGACAACAUCACGCAAUACCAUCAUACGCAUAUAAUCUGUGAACUAUGCAACCAGAAAUGGAAAAAGAUUAAUGAAUCCAAAGACACCAAAAAUAUUAAAGCAGAAAUACAAGGAUACGUAGAUAGAGGAAUGACCAACCAUGCAACAGCAUGCAGGAAAUGUUGUAAACCAAGAAGUAUCGACAAUUUGAUACCUAUAAACAACCAACUAUAUUGCAACACGUAUACUAAUGGAAUGGUGCAGAAAGCGUAUAAUGACAAAAACAAUCAAGAGUACCAAGAAGAACAAGACAAAACACAAGAACAAUAG